AUGCAUUUCACUAAGCUUGAUGACUCUCCCAUGUUCCGCAAACAGUUACAAAGCAUGGAGGAGAGUGCAGAAAUACUGCGGGAAAGAAGUCUCAAGUUUUAUAAAGGAUGCCGAAAAUACACUGAAGGGCUAGGCGAGGCAUAUGAUGGGGACAUUGCUUUCGCAAGUGCACUUGAAACAUUUGGUGGAGGCCAUAAUGAUCCAAUAAGUGUGGCUUUUGGAGGACCUGUAAUGACAAAAUUUACUAUUGCGUUGAGGGAAAUUGGAACUUAUAAGGAAGUGCUUCGGUCACAGGUGGAACAUAUACUGAAUGACAGAUUACUUCAAUUUGCCAAUAUGGACUUGCAUGAAGUUAAGGAAGCUCGGAAGCGCUUUGACAAGGCUAGUCUUACCUACGAUCAGGCCCGUGAGAAGUUUUUAUCUUUGAGGAAAGGUACAAAAAGUGACGUUGCUGCUGCUUUAGAACAGGAACUUCAUACUUCGAGGUCUAUGUUUGAGCAAGCUCGGUUCAACCUUGUGACUGCUCUUUCAAAUGUUGAAGCUAAGAAAAGGUUUGAAUUUUUGGAAGCAGUCAGCGGAACAAUGGAUGCUCAUCUUCGUUACUUCAAACAGGGUUAUGAAUUACUGCAUCAGAUGGAACCAUAUAUCAAUCAGGUCUUGACCUAUGCACAACAAUCCAGAGAAAGAUCAAACUAUGAACAAGCAGCACUUAAUGAAAAGAUGCAGGAGUACAAAAGACAGGUUGAUCGAGAAAGCAGGUAUGGUUCAAAUGGUUCUAAUGGAUCCCCAAAUGGAGAUGGCAUACAAGCAAUUGGUAGAAGCUCUCACAAAAUGAUAGACGCUGUAAUGCAAUCUGCCGCAAGGGGAAAGGUGCAAACAAUACGGCAGGGUUAUCUCUCUAAACGGUCUUCAAACCUGAGAGGAGACUGGAAAAGACGGUUUUUUGUUCUUGACAGCCGAGGAAUGCUGUAUUAUUACCGUAAACAGUGUAGCAAACCAUCUGGGUCUGGCAGCCAGCAUUCGGGACAGAGAAAUAGCUCUGAGCUUGGGUCUGGACUUCUUAGUAGAUGGCUUUCUUCAUCGAAUAGUCAUGGUGGAGUACAUGAUGAGAAGUCUGUAGCCCGUCAUACAGUGAACUUGCUUACCUCGACAAUUAAAGUUGACGCUGAUCAAUCAGAUCUGAGGUUUUGCUUUAGGAUCAUUUCACCUACAAAAAACUACACGUUGCAGGCUGAGAGUGCUCUCGAUCAAAUGGAUUGGAUAGAAAAGAUCACUGGGGUUAUUGCAUCCCUACUUAGUUCACAGGUCCCUGAACGGUGCCUUCCUGGUAGUCCCAUGGGAAGUGGUCACCAUCGGUCUGCUAGUGAAAGUAGCUCAUAUGAAAGUUCUGAAUAUGAUCAUCCUACUACUGAAGAAUUUGUAUGUGAGAGGAGUUUUUUGGGAUACCAUGAAAGGCCAUCAAGAAAUUUUCAGCCUCAACGGUCCAUUAGAAAGGGUGAGAAGCCCAUUGAUGCUCUGCGGAAAGUCUGUGGGAAUGACAAAUGUGCGGAUUGUGGAGCUCCAGAACCAGACUGGGCUUCAUUAAAUCUGGGGGUUCUUGUCUGUAUCGAGUGUUCUGGUGUUCACCGUAAUCUUGGUGUGCAUAUUUCUAAGGUUAGGUCACUCACUCUCGACGUGAAAAUAUGGGAGCCAUCUGUUAUAAGUUUGUUCCAAGCACUUGGAAAUACUUUCGCAAACACAGUCUGGGAGGAAUUGCUUCACUCGAGGACCGCCUUCCAUGUUGACCCAGGCUUAACAGGGUCUGAUAAAUCAAGGGUAUUGGUCACUGGAAAACCCAGCUAUGCCGAUAUGAUAUCUAUCAAGGAGAAGUACAUACAAGCUAAGUAUGCUGAGAAGCUAUUUGUUCGAAGAUCGAGAGACUGCGAUUUCCCACAGUCAGUUGCACAGCAAAUGUGGGAUGCAGUGUGUGGCAAUGAUAAAAAAGCUGUUUACCGGCUUAUUGUCAAUGGUGAAGCGGAUGUGAAUUCUGUGUAUGACCAAUCAUCUUCCAGCUCUUCGUUAACACUUUCCAGAGUAAUAUUAGUACCAGAGAGGACAAAGCGUGAAGAUGUCCUACUCAGAUUAAGAAAUGAGUUACUUGAUAGAACCUCCUCAGGUAGUUCCUCAAUUAUUCCUCCAGAGGAAACCAGAGGUUGCUCUCUGCUUCACUGUGCUUGUGAGAAGGCAGACAUUGGGAUGGUCGAGCUUUUGCUGCAAUACGGUGCAAAUGUAAACGCCACGGAUUCCAAUGGUCAAACGCCGCUGCAUUAUUGUAUUCUCAGAGGCAAAGCAGUAGUAGCAAGACUGCUACUCACGAGGGGAGCAGACCCGGAAGCUAUGAAUGGAGAAGGCAAAACCGCUCUUGACAUCGCUGCAGAGUCGAACUUUACUGAUACAGAAGUCCUCGCUCUCCUUUCAGACACAAACGGGUACAAUCUCAGACAGUGCUGA